AUGAUUGACGAUGACGAUGACGACGGCAAUGAGUCAUUGUCUAGCCAAAAGUCAGAACUUAUGAGGCUGGAUGAGGAAGAAAGAGUCUGGCUGCUUGUCAACUAUGCGACCUUGAAAAGAUUCCAACGUUUCCACGUUCUCAUGCAAUUUCGCUAUGAAGAUGAGGUUCUUUUUGCUUGCCACGCCCUCCAGGACCUCCUCCAAGGCAAGGAUGUAAGCCUCAAGCCACGACUUCUUGUGCACACCGAGUCUGAGGCCGAGAGAGCAGCAUGCUACCUGACGGCAUUUCAGAGCUUCAAAUACCUUCGGUGCUCGACCUUCACUAUCCAAGGAUGGCCAGAACUUAAAGAUAUCUACAGUGUUAUCACAAGCCAGAGAUCAGUGCCCGCCUUACUGGCACAGUACGUACCUUUUCUACGACACCUAUCUACACUUCCGUCGCUCAACGAUGAGGUAUUCGAACUUGAGCACGAAAUCGAGCUGGAAGAGCUAAAGGAGCAUACAGUAAAUCCAGACCCCCAGAAAUUCAGGGAAAUCGUCGUUCAACUAGUUAGUAAAGCAGAAAAGUGGCAUACACAGUCCGUGGAGGACGAGAAGGCUAGGUUGGAGGAAGAAAGAGACUUGAAACUGGCAGCGAUAGCGGAUAUCGUACAACUGACAGAGGCCGAGCUUGCUACUAGUUGCGAAGUGCAGGGAAGUGGUUAG